CAUUUUUGCCACCUAAAAAAAAAAAAAAAGACGAUCAAAAUUUUUCACUUGCACUCAACCUACCAAGAUGAACAAGCGAAAGCAAUCCGAUGAUGCCUGUCCGCUGUGUUCUUCGAGUCUGCAGGAGUAUCGCAUUGCCAUUGACAGCACGUUCACCAUGUGUGAAAAUACAGAGUGUGUCUACCCCUUUGAACAGCAGAGUCUCGACCCAUUUAUCAACGAUCGCAGCAAAACAAAGUCUUCCGUAGAUGUCCACGACCAAUCACCCGAGUCUGAGCAACAGCGCGGAAAAGAUCGCCCAUCAGCCACGUCAACCACACCCACACAUCUCAAUCGCCCUGGAUCGACUGGUUCCAAGCCGCCCAUUGCAGUAUCUCUUAUUGAUCCCACUCAGCCAAUCUCGCAAACAAACAACGUGAAUGCUGUCUCUGCGAAAAAACGUAAUUUGAACGAUACUGAGGUCAAACAACAUUCGGAAAGCUCUGAUGCGUCGUCAGUGACAGCAGACCCAGAGAAACGGCGCAGUAGGAACAAUACAAAGGCGGUGAAAAAGGAUACAGCAGACAAGCAACCGUCGCCAUCGCCACGAUCAGGAAUCACCGUUCACAAUACCAGCACAUGGAAUACCAACCCAUCCUUGGGAGCAAAGAGCAACGCGAAACCAAUCACUUUAUGUCUACCCCCGUUGUCUACUGCCACUGUCAAACAGGCUCCAGCUGCCCCUACGGCAGCAGAAUCCACCUCGUCCUCUUGCUCUCAGUCUCAGUCCCAAUCUCAAGUGGCGUCCCCCGUCUCUUCAGCUGAGAAUGAUCCUACCACACCUCCGUACAUGCCAUUCAUUACCACCAAAUCUUGGGAUACACCACCCUCGGUCGGUGUCCGAUCCAUUACCGAUAUUCUGUGGAACGAUAAUGAGAUGAUACCUUCUUAUACUGCUCCUACUCCCGUCCAUAUUGCCACAUCGUCCAUCACGAAUCAAUCCGUCGAACGGUCACCUGUGACAUCCGAACAAUGCACCGAUGAAAAUCUCACCGACUUUUCAUGGCUUGAUAAUCUGCACGAUAACUUGAAUACCAACAUCAUGUAACGUAGUGGGUUCCACCCGCACGUUUUUAUUUCCACAUCAAUAUGUACCAUUCAUCUACCUAUCUGUCCCACUUUUUACAUCAAUCCGUUUUAUACACAACCCUAUUGUAACUAUCCCAAAAUCGCUGUCACCGAGCAGUGCAUACAUUACCCUUGGAUGCCGGUGACCGACGAACGUUCUAUUAUAUUAUAAAAGUCACUUCUCCAAACAUCUUGCAUCUUCCCGUGUCAAAGGUGUAAGCCGAACAUUUUGGCUGACAAAUUACAUCCUUAAAUAUGGCAGACAUAGAUAGCAAGUUCUUACAGUAGUAUUGUGCUUUAUUCUCGACUCUUACCCGGCCCUCUUAUUGCUAAUGUAUGAUCAACAGAUACAUUAUCGAUAUCAUCCACUAGAUACAAUCUAGAUCCAGGGAUUUUCAGCGAGCGACAUUUGUGACACUAAUUUCAAUUUCCU